AUGGCAAAAUUUCUUUCACGCUUAUUCAGUGGCUCAUCAAAACGCUCAUUUCGUGGUUCACAACCAUCAAUCAAUGACAACAAUCAACAAACUGGUGCAGGCUCAACUCUUCGCUCGGCUUCAUCUCUAGAUAACCUCUCAACAUAUAAAAUUUAUCCAAGAGAACUUGAAAAACAUAAACUACACAAAGCAUCAUGGGAAGGUAAUCUUCACAAAGUAGAGCGUCUUGUGCGUCCAAAUGUAAUCGAUCUUCAAGACGAACAAGCCCGAACUGCAUUGCAUUUGGCUGUUGCCAGAGGACAUUUGAAUAUAGUACUUCGUCUUGUUACUGAACGUGCAAGAUUAAACAUAGUUGAUAAACAAGAACGGACACCCUUAGUUAUGGCUGUUAUUAGUAGUACUCAAAAUCCACCAUUAUUUUAUCAAGUUUGUGUGGUUUUAUUGCAAGGUGGAGCUGAUUCUUUUAUUAAUGCUGUGGAUAUUCAGGGAAAAAAUGCUUUACACUAUGCAAUUGAUAUUCAAAAUGAACAUCUUGUUGAUCUCUUUCUAUCAUUGCAACAUUGUGAUCCAAAUUUUNAGCGCCAAGUAAUCAAUCAGUACCGGCUAGGCAAUCCACUGCAACCUGAAGCACAUGGAUCAGCACCAAGUAAUCAAUCAGUGCCGGCUGUAUUGAGAGGCAGUUCAUUGCAACCUGCGGCGCAUGGAUCAGCGCCAAGUAAUCAAUCAAUAUCGGCUCUAUUCAGAGGCAAUCCACUGCAACCUGAUGCACAUGGAUCAGCACCAAGUAAUCAAGCAUUAUCGGAUCUACUGAGAGGCAAUCCAUUACAUCCCGAUGACAACGCAUUUAUUAGGCCUGGUGCAGUAGCUUCACAAAAACAAACGCCAUCAAAAUUUCAACGUCACGACAGCGAUACUUCAUCAGCAAGUGGAUCGAGUGGAAAAUCACCUUCUAUUACGAAUCACACUGGUGGACGGCCGUUGUCACCGAAGAAAAAUGUUACAAUUAGCGCAAUGAUUAAUGGAUUACCACAUCCUGAUCAUGCGGAUUCAAAUUCAAAUUCAUGGACAUUUGAUCAACCGUCAACCUAUAGAAAAGAAGCAGCUGUUCGAACAGCAACACGUAUUACAGAAUCGGACGAUACAUCAGCCACAGGAUCCGAUGAUGAUAACCCGGCCUUUAGAGUUCAACCGCCGCAACAAUUUACUGCUUCAUCAGUAUUUGCAGGAACGGCUACGAAACAAAAGCCCGCUGAUAGUGAGAGUGAUGAAGAUUCAAUUGAAGCUACUGUUAGACGGCUUAAUGCACAAAAAGCAUCGCUUGGCAUUCAAAAUUUAGUUAAUCAAAGUAUUACACCUAUUCAUAAAACUCCACAACCACAAAUUUCAAUUGUACAAUCACCAGUAAGCGAAGAUUAUCUCUGGUCGACAUCAUCGAAAACAUCAAAUAAAGAACAGCAACCAAAAGGAAUCGAUGCUUUGGCACAUAAUCAACCGUUACUGAAUAAAAAAUCAAAUGAACCAACGUGGGAUGAUUCUCGUCCAUUAAGUGCUGAUUUUGAACGAAAGCCAACUAAACAGAAAUCUCAAUCGUCAAUUAGUUCAAAUGACAGUGAUUCAGAUCAAGAUAAAAAAUCGUCGACUAUCAUUCGAGCACCAACACAAAAUGGAACUAUAACAAGUUUAAUUAAACAAACUAUACGGCCAACAGAUUCUACUCAAAAAGAAUCGACAGGUGUGGAAAAUUUAAGAAAAAUCAUUGAAGACAUUCAACAAUCAUCAAGACCUAAUCACAAUUCAAUGUCGCCAAAACAAAUCACUGGGAGACCUGUUGCUGCUACAUUAGUAACUCGUAAUGAUUCAUCAUCAUCAAGUACGAAUACAUUCAUGGAAGAAUCAUCACGUACAUUAGCUGUUAGUGUAGCAACCAAUUUAAAACAACCACCCUAUCAUGACGAUCCAGAUAAAUUUCAUUGGCCUCAGACAACAAAUGACCGCAAUGAUUUCAAACAUAGUACAGACAAAUAUUCCAAUGAAAUGAUUUCACCGUCCCAACGGCAACCGUCGCGGAACUCGAUUCAUAAUGAAUUUAAUAGUUUACGAGGUUCGAUGUCAUCUUCGACAUCGUCCAUUCAGAAUAAUAUGGAACGUUUAAGUGAACUUAAAGCAGAUAUAAAACAGAUUGAACGAAAACAAGAAGAUAGUUUGGAAUUAAAACGACAAUUAAAAGAUAUGGAAAUAAAAAAGAAUAAUUUCGAAGCAUUGUACAAGAAAAAUGAUCAAUUAUUACGUGAAACAGAAACAAAAUUAGAAAAAGAAAUCAGCGAAAAACAACGUUUAGAAUGGACAACAAAGAAUUUAAAUAUGGAAUUAAAAGGUGUCAAACAAAAACUUCAAUCAUUAGAAGAAGAAAAAGAUAUAUUAAAUCAACGAUGUCUCAAAUUAAAAGAAGAACGAGAUAACUAUGAUGAGAAACUGCGCGUUCAUCAAGCGACUACAUUACAAACAGCAGCAGCCGGUAUCCUACGCGAAGAAGAUGUCGAAAAAAUAAAACUACGUCAUCGAGAAGAAAUGAAAUUAUUAUCAGCUGAAAAUGAAGAUCUUCAUCAACGUACAAAACAAUUGCAAUCCGAUUUACAAUUACAUAAAGAAUCACUCGAUGUAACAAUACGUUAUAAGAUUGAUUUAGAAAAAGCACUAGAAGAAAAAACAUUUCUACAACAUGAAUUGGAACGUUUAAAACAUGAAAAAGAUUUAAUUGAACAAGAAAAAAUUGACUAUAAAGCGAAAUACGAUAAUUUACAAGAAGAAAUACGUGUUAUACUUUUGGACCGGUCGAAACUGGAACAGAAAUUAACCACUGAAUUGCAAGACCAAAUGAAACAACGGCAACGUUCAACAGAUGAUAUUAAAAAAUAUAAAACACAAAUUGAACAAUUAAAUCUUAAAUUAGGCGAUGCCGAAGCUCGUUUACUUGUUUUACAAACGCAAAAUGAAGCAUUACUCGCAUCGAAAGAUCGAGAAAUUAAAAAUGAAUUCGAAACACUUACACAUCGUCUUAAUAUGAUUGAAACAGACAAAUUAAAUGCUGACCAACGAUUUCAUAACGAACAGAAAGAUAUAGCAAACAAACAGCAACAUAUUUUGCAUGAACCACUUGUUUUUCUUACGUCAACACCGUUAAGUAAUGCUGUGCAACAACAACAACAUCAUCAUCAGCCACAUUCUCCUUCUUCACCGUGCACUAAAUGCGAUACACUUCAACGAAGUUAUGAACAAGAACGUGACCAACGUAUUCAAACUGAAAAAGAUAAUGAACGUUUACGUGACGUUGUAUCACGUCAAAAACAUCAAAAUGAAUUAAAUAAAUCGAUUCAACAACAUCAAGACUAUGAAAAUCUCAUGUCGGAAAAUUCAAAACAAAUUCGUUCCGAAACUGAACGCGUCAAAUAUGAACUUGAUCGUCUUAGAUUUGAUUUCGAUAAAUUAGUUUCAAAUUAUGAGCCACCCAAUAAUUCACAGCAACAAGCGCAAUUACAUUCACAAAUCGAUACAUUACGUCAAUUUUAUGAGCAAGAAUUUCGACAACAAUUACUCUUAUCAAAAUUAACCAAUGGAGCGAAUCCACUGCCAAUCGUACACAGUUACAAUCGAACAUCGUCACCCAUCAAACAUGAUGAAUAUGAACAUUCAUUAAAUGGAAGCUUAAAUUGUUCAGUAUGUGCGAAUAGUCGUCUACUAAAAGAACGACUUGAAAGUGCUAUUGAUACAAGUUUAGCUGAUCAGCGUAUACAAACAAUUAAACAAAUGCCGAUUCUACCGCGAAUAACAUCUCCAUUAAUAGAAAACCAUAAUAGUGCUACGUCCUCCUUUGAUCUUUGGCGUAAACGUUAUUAUGUUUAA